CCAGGAAGUAGAAAAACAUCAACAAUCCUUCCAGGUCCCAAUCUGGGCGAAGUAUCAGUGUAGCCUAGCAGCGUGCUAGCCAGGUGUGUGUUCCUGGUUUCUUAAGCAUAUUUGUUAUAUUUUUUAAUAAGCUUGUUGUAGUAUCCGAGAUAUGUCGUGGAUAAGUAAGAUAUUGGGAGGAGGGGGAAAGGGGGGAAAGGGACCGAGCCCACAGGAGGCAAUCCAGAAACUCCGAGAAACGGAGGAGAUGCUAACGAAAAAACAGGAAUUUCUUGAGAAAAAGAUCGAUCAAGAACUCCAAAUUGCCAAGAAAAACGGCACGAAGAACAAAAGAGCGGCUCUGCAGGCUUUAAAAAGAAAGAAGCGGUAUGAGAAACAGCUUGCCCAGAUUGACGGCACGCUGUCGACCAUCGAGUUCCAGAGAGAAGCUCUGGAGAAUGCCAACACAAACACCGAAGUGCUCAAGAACAUGGGUUUCGCUGCCAAGGCUAUGAAAUCUGCCCAUGAAAACAUGGAUAUUGACAAGGUGGACGACCUGAUGCAGGACAUUACAGAGCAGCAGGAGCUAGCCCAGGAAAUCUCUGAUGCAAUCUCUAAACCCGUCGGCUUUGGAGAAGAGUUUGAUGAGGAUGAGCUUCUGGCUGAGUUGGAUGAGCUAGAACAGGAGGAGCUGGAUAGAAACCUCCUGGAGAUCGGGGGACCAGAGAACGUCCCUCUCCCCAAUGUGCCUUCAACUUCAUUACCUUCCAGACCUGCCAAGAAAGAGGAGGAUGAGGACGACAUGGAGGACCUGCAGCGCUGGGCGAUGGAAGCCAUGUAAACACAGCAUCUGCCUGAUCAUACCUGCAUCAGAGAGAGGAAGAGAAAGAAGCAGCUUUGGAGAGAAUGGACUGAUUGGGUGUUGUUUAUGAGUGUUUUUGUGUGUGUGAGGAGAGAUGACCGUCAACUUUAUGUAACACUACGAAUAAGCAAAAUGCUGUAGUCUUUUUAUUUUUUUCCCCCUACUGAACCCCUUCACAAACAUGGCACCUCCUGGGUGCUCAGCAAACAAAGCUAUGUCAAGGG